UCCAUAAAGCCGUGUACACCAACGGGACUCCGCCAUUUUAACUUCCUGCAUCAAAAGAAGACGAGCAUAUCGCACAGUAUUUGUACUCGAAGCGUUUUCUUACUUAGUGUAUCAAAAAGGGGGUUGUCUUGUUUUUUUCUGACAGGGAUCGAACCAACUACACCAGUAUAGUUUCUGACAUCUUGUAUCGGUUAGUAGUCAGCCGGAGAGUCGCAAUGCCGAGCCACCCGCUGCGUGUAGCGGUUGUGUGCUCGAGCAACCAGAACCGCAGUAUGGAAGCGCACAGUAUCCUCAGCAAACGUGGAUUUGAUGUGCGUUCAUUUGGGACAGGGUCUCAUGUGAAGCUACCCGGUCCUGCCCCGGAUAAACCAAAUGUGUAUGACUUCAAAACUACAUAUGUACAGAUGUACAACGACUUGGUCCGCAAGGACAAGGAACUAUACACACAGAAUGGCAUCCUGCACAUGCUGGACCGCAAUAAGCGCAUCAAAUCAAAGCCGGAGCGCUUUCAAAGCUGCAAGGACAAGUUUGACCUGGUCAUCACCUGCGAAGAGAGAGUCUAUGACCAAGUGCUGGAGGAUCUGAAUUCAAGAGAGCAGGAGACUCUCCAGUCUGUGCACGUGAUUAAUGUAGACAUUCAGGAUAACCACGAGGAAGCCACGCUGGGCGCCUUCCUCAUCUGUGAGCUGUGUCAAUGUAUCCAGCACACCGAGGACAUGGAGGAUGAAAUGGAUGAGCUCAUACAGGAGUUUGAGGAGAAAAGCAACAGGCCUUUUCUUCACACCGUCUGUUUCUACUGAUACACUAUAGAAAUUUGCAAUAAACAGUCUUGGAUUACAAGCAAUCAAACAUAUAUGGAGACACACACACACAUUUCUUACUCCAGUCAUCACAGAACAGUACAUACACAUUGUGUGCCUACACAGCCACUCUCACACACAGCUUUGGGUCAGGACUUAACAAAUGGCUGUCUUUGGACACAGUGGUGAUGAGUUUUUCCUCUAUGCAGAGGACGGACUCGCUGCUCUCUCUGCCUUUUAUUUCUCUGGAUCAAGGUCAGGCCAAGGUCCUCCCGCCAUCUCAGUUCAGUAAAAUCACUCAACCAUGUCUCCUCAGGGAGAACCAUAACACUCCCACCCCUGAUUCAACAACUGCUUUACUAGUCCCUCUGUUUUUGUUCUGUACAGCAUAUUAAUGCUGAGUUUAGUUUUCUCCAGAUAUAUAAUUGUUAUUCAUUUAUGCAUACAUGUCGGUUUUUUAUUCCUGACUCGGACAGUGUAAAUGUGUUUCUUGGGGUCGGCAGGAGAAUGAAUUGAACUGAAUGCCUGUUUUUGUGCAACCAUGUGUUGUAGAUUAGUUUGGAUUAAGUUAAAGUGGGUGGGCUAAUGAUAAGUAACCAAACCUAGACCUCACUGAGGCUCUAUGGUGUUUCCAAUAUAAUGUUGAUUCAUAUUUAAAAAUCGAAUAUGCUGUUUUUCAGGGCAUAGUAUUUUUUUCCUUUUGUAAAUGUUAAAGAAUUCAAGCAUUGUAAUUAUUUGCAAACUGCGAGCUCAGCUCAGAGUGCCUGAUUUUUUCUGUAUGUACAUAUGAAUCCUCUAAAGAAAGAAACAUCUCACGACUCUUUA